GGUGAAGUAGGAAAAAUGACCCUUUCUUUAUUUAUAAAAGACAAAGAGCUUGAGUGGCAACAAAAGCAAAUGCAGGAAGCCAGAAAAUCCAUGGAAACGCAGCUAAGGAGUGUCCGUGCCCAGCUGGAGCGGAGCUUAGAAGCCCUAAAAGAAAAGGACAGACUCCUCGACAUCCAAGAGCAACAAAGAAGGAGCCAUGAGUCAAAAACAGAAGAGCAGAUGAAUGCCUUACAGAGAGACUUAGAAUGCAUUGAGGCAAUGCUGGAAGAAAAGGAUUUCAUGAUUGAAUCGCAGAAGGAAGCGGUUGAGGUCUUCCAGAAACAAGAACAAGAUUCUGAACAGCAGAAGGAAAUCCUGCAGCAUCUUCAAGUGGCACUAAAGGAACGAGAGCAAGAAAUUGUAUCCCUCUGAAAGGAACUUGAGGUAUGCAAGGAGAAGGAAGAACUACACGAAGCUGAGCAGACAAAUCUUCAUGCAACAAGGCUGAGUCUGGAAGAAAGAGAAACAAAGAUCAGGGUUCUGGAGGAGGCUCUCUCUGAGCUUCAACAGCAAAAGCAGGAGGCAGUGAUGCAGACCAAAGCCCUACUGCAAAAACUAGAAGAUGCUGCAUCUUCUCUGGAAGCUAGAGAUCAAGAGAUGGUGUCCUUGCAAAAGCGUGCCCAGGACCUUCAAGAGCAGAAGGCAUUAGAAGGCAAGCGUGUACUUGAUCUUCUGAAGCAGAAUGACAGCAAAGUCCAAUGGGAAAAGAAGGCACAAGCCCUGACUCUUGCCCUUACCAAGAGUGAAAUGGCCAAUAGGACUCUGAGGGAAGAAGUAGGCGUCCUGCGGAGCAGGGUUUCAGAGAGGGACAAGGAAGAGUUUCACCUUCAGGCUCGUGCAGAACGCGAGCAGCUCUCCUGGCUCUCGGAGAAGAGAGUGCUGACACAGCAGCUGGAGUGUCUGCAGCGAACAGUCACAAGGCUGGAAGAUGAGAAGACGGAGCUGAAGCACCACAAUGCCGAGCUGAGGAGGACUCUUGAGCAGGUGGAACAUGAACGGAGGACACUGAAGAGAUAUUUCAGGCAGCAGUCACUGCCAGAUGCCUCCAGAUUUUCUGUCUCCAACACAGAACAGCAGAAGAUGCCCCCUUCCAGACAGACGCAGGUGGUGCAGGAGCAGAAACUCAAGCAGGGCUGCACUGAGCGCUGAGCGUCUUCUUUGACGGCCUGCAUGCAAUAAGGGCCUCCUCAUCCUUGUGCCUCGGAUCCCACAGCCCCACGUUCCUGGGGGACUGAAAUCAGCCUGUGCCUCCAGCGGGUCCAGCCUGGGAGCU